AUGCCGCCAGUUAUCGUACGUGAAAAGAUUAUUUGUUUGGUCGAGAUCAAGCCAAAGAGUCUGCGGGCCAAAAACUACGGCUUUUCAUCCGCGGCGAUGCAGAUCUCCCGUCAAGCCUACUUUGCUUUUAUGGGAGACUCGACGCUCACGACCAUCGGCGUAAUCCUUGCAUUUGGCAAUGUUUGGAAAUACGUGGAGUUUCCACGGCCUCUAGCAAACCUUCCCAGCACUUGGUCAGAGUACCAGGACCCUACCUUUGGGAGUCCAUCCAACUUGCGUCGCCCGGUCCCGCGAGUACCCUCCUACCUGAAGAAGCUUAGCGGAAACAAGGACAUGUGUUUCGAUUUGAUAGAUCCUCGAGGACUAUCCGAGAUCGCGCUGAAAUUUCUCGCGACGAGGAUUUUGGAACGUGAAAAAGAUAUUUGA